AAGGAAACUGGAUUAAAUUUCAAUUAUUUCAUAUAUUUCUGAGUCAUGUAAGUAUGUAAACAUAAAUAUUAUAUAAAAUGAAGUCAUUUUUGAAUAUGAAUAAUAUUUUAUCACAUAUCUAUCAAUAUACUAUAGCAUAAUAAUAUUACUUAAAAAAUCUCCAUCAAUUAAUCAUUUAAUUAUUUCACGGAAAAGAUGGUGAUAAAUCGUCAAAAAAAGACGUCUUAUUAUGUAGCUUUCUAUAAGUAAACGAAUGCUAAUUCAUGAGCAGCUAAUCUAUAGUAUUGAAUUCUUUUUCAAUCAUUUUUGUCUCUCGAUAAUAGACAUAUGAUUCUAUCAGCACAUUCAUGUGUGUAUCAAUGAUAAUAAUCUUUAAAUGGAAAGGACUACAAUAAUAAGAAAAUAUAUGAUAUAUAAUCAACAAUAAAUGAUGAUUUUUUUAUCAAGAUAUAAAAUUAAAAAAUUGACAUUCAUAAUAUCUGUUCUAUGAAGCUUUUCUUGCUUAGUUUUCUGACUAUCUGCUUUUUCAUCCUCAUUUCUUCUCAUUUUUGCUUCAAAACUUUUAAAAAGUCUUAAUAAAAUCGUUAAUGAUUCAUAAUCAAUGAGAAAUACUACUAAUAAUGUCACCCUUGCUAUUAAUGCAAGUGAAGCAUGAUAUAUGUAUUUCAAAGAAUUACUUUAUUUAAAUAUAUUUCUGAAUGAUAUUAAAGGUAUAAGUUUUCAUCAUAUUAAUUAAAACGAAUAUCAAUCAAGAAGUAAAAACAAGAUAAUCCAAGUAUGCAAAUAAAAAAUCAAUAACAUCCACCGUUGGAUAGAAUGAUAGCAGUGAAAUAUACGAUUAAUAUAUAUUCUUCAGAUCUAUUGAUUUUUUUUACUAUUCAUUGGUACAUGAAAAAUAAAUAAAAUAUCUGUGUGAUACUCAGAUAUUCUCUUCGUAUACUAAAGCAAUGAAAAUUCUAUAAUCGUCAUAGCCGAAAUUGUUUAUUACUUAUGUAGUAUUGAUUAGAAUGAAACCAUUGCACUUCAGACUGAAAAAACUGAAAAUUUCUGUAGGUGUAUAUUCACUGAUGCAAUACUGAACGUUAUUGUACUAUUAGAAGUACCAGUGAUGGUAUAAAAUAAAGUAUAUAAAGUAGAACUUAAAAUAGUAUCACUACUACACACCCACACUCAAGAUGGUGUCGAUAUAUGGUUAAUAUUUGUAACGGGUACUCUAUUUGAAAUGACUGAAUCUUUGAAAAACAUUUAUAGUAAAUGACUUAACUAAUCGAACAGAUAUAUAAUUUCUAUGAAAGUAUAUUUCUGUCCUUCUGCUUACUGUUUCUCCCAAUUACAACCUUUAUUUUUUAUGUAAAGUAGUUUUAGAAUAUUUGUUAUCUGACCACCAGCUGGUAUAGUAGUACGAGCACUGUACUAACUUGUUCAUUUAUGAAACUUUAUCAUCUAUUUUUCAUACUUUCGAUUAAAUAGCAAAACAAUGUUUUUUUACUGAUUUAUACUCCUUAAAAAAGAUUCUGAAAAUAGUACCGAGCGAAGAAUCAGUGUGACACCUUUUCUUUUACACAGUAUUGCGAAGUUAUUCUCAGAGCAGAAUAAAAGAAGAAAAUUAUAAGAUUAAAGUCAUUUUAUUUCAGAUGACAUGAAGGUGAAUAAGUACGAGAAGGGAAACAAUCAAUAUCCAUCCUAAUGAUAAUUUAGCGGAAAGUAAUGACAUUUAAUUAUCUGUCAUUUAGAAAAGCGGGGAUGUACUCACUCAAAAAUUAAAAUUAAGAAAUGUAAGGUAAUUAUUUACUCGUGAUAUACGGAAGAACAUAUCUGGAGAAAUUUGCUUUUCGUCCCGUAAAAUUAUCAUGUAUGACAUCUUCUCAUAGAUAAAACUUAGAUAUAUAUAUGUAGUUGAUUUUUUGAAAAGUAGAUUAAUAAUUAUUUCCAUGUUAUCACUGAUGUUUGUUGAAAACGCAACUAGAACAAGUAUCGAAUCAUGGUUUAUACCUCUCGAUAUCAUCAUGAUUAUCUGUAACGUGUCGGCUAUUACACUUGCGAUCAUUUUUUUAAUUCUAAUUAUUCUUGAUAGAACAUGUCACACAGUUCCAAUGAUGCUCGUUGCUAAUUCAUGCUUAGCUACGCUUAUGUUUGGAAGCGCGAUGCUUAGUUUGACCUCGUUUACUCUUCAAAAUGAUCUCAAACAGAUUCAAUAUCAAUUUCCGUUUUGUGUUUUUAUUGGAUAUGCAACUUAUGUUACAUGUACUAUACAGAAUUAUUCUUUAUUAUUACAAGCGAUUUAUCGGUAUCUAUUAAUAGUUCAUCCAAAUCGUUUAUUCUGGCACUCAUAUAGAAUUCAAUUAAUGUUUAUUUGUAUAUCAUGGAUCAUUGCUAUUGUACUUCCAAUGGAGUAUUUGUUCACCGGUGAAAUCAUUUAUAAUGUCGACAAUCAAAUAUGUCAAAUGACUCUCAGAUUCUCCUUCUCAGUCAUAUACAUGGCAUUUUGUCUCUUUGGCAUUCCUGUCUCAAUGAUUAUGUUUAUCUAUUUUUUAUUAGUUCGAUAUGUUAAACAGAUGAGCGCAAAUGUGAGACCAACCAACACAUUACCACGUGCACAACGAGAUUUAAAAAUGGUUCGACGUAUAGUUAUACUUGUAAUGAUUCUUGUCACAAUUUGUUUUCCUUAUCAAUUAUUUCUUAUAAUGUCAUUCUUCAAUAGUACACCAAAACAUAAUUUUCGAAUUGCUUUUAUAUUUGGUGAUACAGCAAUGCUAUGUGUAAUCAUUACUUUGUUUCAAUUUACAGAUCCAUUGAAAAUGUCUCUAAUGAAAAUAAUAAAUAGACGAGCAAAUAUGGUCAUACCUGCUGUAUCAUGA